AUGAUAUCGCGGUGUCGUGCUAAGAGCUGGAUCAUCCAACUCAAAGAAGAAAAUGGGUUUGUCACUCCGACCAAUCAACGAGGUUUGAAAGGGAAUAUCAUAAUAUUUCCUCAGAAGGUAUCUUCAGUAAUCAAAACGCUUCCGCCCUCGUUAGAGGAACUAUCUCAGCCCAUUUGUGUAAUCUUUGUUGGUUCUUCGCGCCCCAGUGAUGAAUGGCUUAGAAAACAAGCACGACCGUUGACCGUUCGGCCUGCCAAAGUACGGGCGGCUUUGAUGUGGCUAAAAAUGCACAACAAAUGGUACAAGGACAUCGAAAUAAAUGAUGACCUGUUACAUUCACUCCCAGAUGAAUUUUCGCUACCUGUUCAUGUUGAGCAUGUCGUACCCGACGAUACGAACGAAGCUCUAACUUCCGGUUACGAUCGAACUUCGAUAAAUCCUGAUGAGUUACAGGGAACCGGUCCAUCGUUUGAAAGCGUCGUGAUUGCAGAUGUCGACGGAAAUGCUACUGUCAAUGAACUUCGCGCGGCCGCUAUGCGUCACAUUAAAAAAGGCGGUUCUUAUGCUGAAAUCCCGCAUGAAGUGAAUCCUGUUAACGAAUUUUUCAAUCCAUCAAUGUUCCCGAUGAUAUACCCUACUUUGUUUCCUUUUGGUAUCGGAGGGUUUGAAGACCAUCAUCGGGCGUGCCCGUUGUCAAUGAAAAGGCACGUCAAGCAUUUG